AUGCCGCCCAGAUCUUCUCUAACGUCUUCCUUCUCAAUCACCGACUCCAACAAUGAAGUCGUGUGUCCUCUGAGAAACCAAGAUGGCUCCAGCUGCAGAAAGCGCUGCAUCGGUGAAAAACGAUACCGAUCCAUGCAGGAGCACAUUCGAAGAGCACAUCCCGAACACUACAUCUCCAAGCUUCCAGCGACCGAGGAGAGCUUCCUGCUCAUGAUCAACACCCCGCCGUCCGAACGCCCUCCCAUCCAGCCAAAUGCGACUUCAGUGCCUCAGGGUUCGUCCCUCUCAAUCCAGGGCUUCCCCCCAAAGAUUGACCAUCUUCAAGGCUUCAACCAUGACCGGCACAUGUACGACAACAGCAAUCCGGGCACGCCCCGAACGCUGGACGAUCAUGCUGUGGGCUCGCUGCUCCCUGCUGCUAGUGCCGCGGCGGCACUGGCGCAAUUGCAUGGUCACAAGGUCGAACCUGAGUGGGAGUCCGAAGUACGAACCAUUUCCAGCCAUGAACUCGAGCAGGCCAAGGGAUAUUUUGCCAUCGAUUCUUGCAAAUUCGCCCCCUGGACGCUCGUCAACCCUACCGCCAAUUCAGCGCCCUCCUGGACCUACUCGACCCAGAAAACAGUCAACUAUGGAAAAAGAUGGGAAGAUCUCAUCGAUGCUGCCGACCAGGCUGCUUCUGCUGCUGGCGACAUCGAUGAGGAUCGAACUCCUGUACCCCAAUCACCAGUCUCUAUCCACAGAGCUUCACUGCCCCCCUUCCAGCACCAUAAUUUCCAGGCGGCACACGCAGCACAAAGCUACCAAGCUUCGCCGCUCCAACAGGCCUUAACCCCACCAUCCUACAACCAGGACACGAUUGACCCAUUCCCGUCGGUUGAAAGCGGUGAAAGCGGGGAGAACUUCCACAUUGAGUCGAGAGGCCUAUCGGACUCAUCACCGAGUUAUUCCUCGCAAAACACUCAGAUCUACUGCGCAGCCUGUCAGAGCGUCUCACUGCUGAAGGACUCGUAUGCCUGCACAGAAUGCAUUUGCGGCCUGUGCCAGGCUUGCGUCGAUGUCCUGAUGGCAGAGCAAGGAGCUCGGCGCAAGUGCCCUCGCUGCGCAACAAUUGGCGGACGGUUUAAGCCGUUCCAGCUUGACAUCCGGUGA